AUGUCGAUCUCAUUGGUGCGGGUACCAUUGUUAUGGUUUAUGAUAGGCACCAUCGCUUCCGAACUACCCUCUGAAUCCGUCAAAAUCGAUCCCCAUACGGUUCUAGUGCUGUUUGGAACGCGUCACGGGAAUCGUAAUCCGGGAGUGUUUCUCGAUGAGAAUCCACGCACGUGGGGUUUCGAGGGAGACACUGAAUUGACGUCGAUAGGCAAGAGACAAGCUUUUGGAUUAGGAAAAGAAUUGAAGAGAUUCGUUGGGAAGCUGGUCUCUGAGAACUAUAACCGCUCGGAAGCUAACUAUUAUUCUAGCUCAGCUAACCGAUGCCAAAUGACGUUGCAAGUCGCCCUGGCAGGGCUACACAAACCGGUGGGAUGGGCGGACUGGGAUGUUUCUCGCGAUCUUAUUUGGAGUCCAGUACCUUAUACUAUUGAUGACCCUAUGCUCAGAAUGUAUUCGCUUAAGGAGUGCAAGAAGAACGAAGAAGUGUGGAAACCGAUUGACAGCGACUCUCUACCUUCUCUGGUGGACGCAAAGAAGAGAAGUGCCGCUUUGUUGGACUAUAUUGGCGCGAAAACAGGCUGGAAUAUGUCUUCACUUUCAAGGGCUGCGGACUUUGCUGACAAUCUCAUUGAAAUCGACAUGUACAACGCCUCAUAUCCUGCUUGGGUCGUCAAUCCGACAUUGAAAGGCUAUGACGAGAAAAGGUUGAUCAAGGAGGCUCUCGAAUUCGCCGAAGUACAUCAGAUAGCUUGCACUAACUAUCAGCCAUGUCGAGAAUUGAUGUCUGGAGUAUGGUUGGAACACAUUUUGAACACCAUUGCGGAUGUACAAAACGGAAAAGGUCCGCACCUAGUUGGCUACGCUUCGCACAACGAAAUAACCCUUGCCGUGAUGAAAAUGCUGGGAAUUGUCAAGGAUGAGCUUACGACAUCUGCAGGAUUUGUGCUUGAGUUCAGAAUGAAACCCGUGCCUUCUCUGCGUCUGCUAAACCACGAUCCCAUUCCUAUCGACGAUCAUGUGAUCUACAAAGCAGAAUUGAUACCAGAACUAGCCGACAAAACCGAUGUGGAUGGUUUUCUGUCACUGGAAGACUUCAAAGGCCGCAUAUCAUAUAAGGCUUUUUCGGACUGGAAAACGUACUGCGGGAGUUCGACUGGCUGUUCGGUGGAAAUUCCUCCGAUCCCUAAUUAUAUGGAAUUGCACAGUUCGGCAAGGAUCUCAUAUUUGAUCCAUUCCGUCAUAUUUGUGCUUUCACUGUAUAUUAUGUCCUGA